AUGCGUACACUACGAUUACGUAAUACUAUCAAUGUUAUUCAAACUACAUUAUCCACCAUCACCACCACCACCACCACCACAACAACAACAACAACAGCAACAACAAUAUUAAAUUCAAGCAUUACACAAUCAUCUAAUCUACAACAUUUAGAUAUACUUUCACGUUAUUCACGUAUUUAUGUAUUAAUUGAAAAAUUUUCACCAAUAAUCAAUCAUUUAGAUCGUUAUAUAAGUCCAUUAUGGUUACCAAUUGGUAUAAUUAGUUGUAUAUUAUGUAUUAUAAUUUAUGCUAAUCCACAAUGGCGUAAAACAUUAAGACAAGAUUCAAUCAUUCGAAUAAAUCCAUAUGGUUUUAAAAGAUAA